AUGCCAGAAGUUCCCAUCGUAGUCGUCGGCGGAGGUCCGGCCGGUUCGUGCGUCAGCACCCUCCUGGCGCGUCGCGGAUACCCGGUGACGCUGCUGGAGCGGGAGCGCUUCCCACGGGAUCACGUGGGCGAGUCGCUGCUUCCCGCCAGCAUACCGAUCCUGAAAGAUCUGGGCGUGCUUGACGCAGUGCGGCGGGCCGGGUUCGUGGUGAAACGAGGCGCCACGAUGAUAUGGGGGGCGGACCGGAAACCGUGGAGUUGGUACUUCAGCGAGACCAAUGCUUCCAACCCGCAUUCGUACCAGGUGUGGAGGCCGGAGUUCGACGCCAUCCUGCUCGAUAAUGCGCGAAAAGCCGGUGUCGACGUGCGGGAAGGAUGUGCCGCCACCGAGGUGAUCUUCGACGACUCCGGGACAGCGGCAGCGGUGCGGUGCGGCGAUGAAGUCCUGCCGGCGCGAUAUGUCGUCGACGCCAGCGGACAGGGCGGACUGCUGGCGCGUCAAUUGGGCCUGCGGCAGUGGGACGAUUUCUUCCGGAACCUGGCGGUGUACGCUUACUAUCAAGGCGGGGACCGGCUCCGGUCACCGGAUGACGGCAACAUCCUGAUCGAGUCGCAGUCCAAUGGGUGGAUGUGGAACAUCCCGCUGCGGGAUGGAUGGUCGAGCGUCGGCGCCGUGGUGGACUCGGAAUCCGGUCAGGAGGGCAUCCGACGCCUGGGGGCGCGCGGGUUUCUGGAAGCGCAGAUCGCAGCGGCACCGCAAACGGCGCAGAUGCUGGAAAAGGCCCGGCUGGUGUCCGGACCGGAGAUAGUCCGGGACUGGUCGUACCGUUGCCGGUCACUCCACGGCCCGGGCUACAUCCUGGUGGGAGACGCCGGCUGCUUCAUCGAUCCGCUGUUUUCGUCCGGGGUGCACCUGGCUUUGACUUCGGCCACCCUGGCCGCGGCCGCGGUUGCAUCUUCGCUGUCCGACCCUGACAUGGCUGGCCCGGUGGGACAGGUGUACCAGCAGCUUUACUACAAGGAGUACGGGCAUUUUCGGGAGCUGGCCCGGUUGUUCUAUUCCAGCAACCGGACGGCGGAUUCGUACUUCUGGGAGGCGCGCCGACUGCUCGACGACGAUCCGUCUCUGACCCCGCGGCAAUCUUUCAUACAGGCGGUGGCGGGUCAACCACCGCGUGGAUAUGAGCGGGCAGUGCUGUCCCACGGCCUGGCGCCGGAGGCCUUCGGCCAAAGCGUGACCGACGUAGAGGCCGAACGGCGGCGGCGGCGCGAGCAUCCGCUGGCGGCUGAAUCGCGGCCGCUGCUGGCCGACGGGGUGAUGCUGCAACGUCAGCCGGUGCUGGCGGACGGCGACUUCGUCUGGGGCUACGGGUUGGUAACCGACGGACAUCCGGAGGGUCUCCCGUGCAGCGCGCUGAUAGCGCGACUGCUGCACGGGUUGGACGGCAGCGCGACGGUCGCGGAGGCGAUCAGCAAUCUGUGCCAGGGUUUGGAACCCGACGCUACAGAGCAG